AGCUUUUAAAAGUACGCGCCACUCGCGAGUCACUCCAGAAGGUUGCUCGUGUUGGUCUUUGUUUUGCCUCCGCACACCCUGCAUAAACACCCAUAAAUGACAAGGUUAUUUAUAUAUAGAUAUAUAUAAAGACACAAAUUUUAUGACUGAGCUUCGGUACCUCUAGUUUUGUUUUGUUCCCUGAUUUGUCGUGUUGUCAGGUAGUAGUUCCUCGCUCGAGUCUAACCAACUCAAUUACAUCAACAUCAAUAGUUUUCAAAAUGGCGACUGCCGUGUAUCUGGAGCAUUAUCUCGACAGUUUGGAGACAUUGCCGGCAGAGCUGCAACGGAAUUUCAAUUUGAUGCGGGACCUCGACUCCCGGGUGCAGGGGAUAUCAAAGAACAUUGAGAAGCUUUCGCACACGUACCUGACCAAUGCCAAGACCUACACAGCAUCCGAGCGUUCGGAGCAUCUGGAGAACAUCCGCAAGAUGUUCGAGAAGGCGAAGGAGUACGGCGACGACAAAGUUCAACUUGCCAUGCAGACGUACGAAAUGGUGGACAAACAUAUUCGCCGUCUCGAUGCGGACCUAGCCCGUUUCGAGGCUGAACUCAAGGACAAGGUUCUUAACUCACAAGGGAGCGACUCCGAGAGCACCACCAAGAAACGAGGCAGAAAAAUUCAAGAGAAAGCUGACAAGAAAAAGAAGAGCAGAGGGCGCUCCAUGUCUUCAGAUGACGAGGUGCCGAAGCCUGCUCGCAAGAAGCUGAAGGGUCAAGUGUCGCAGCCCGUGGAGGUCCCUCUGCUCCAGUCAAUCAGCAUCUCCCAUCCGUCGGACGUGCUGGACAUGCCCGUGGACCCCAACGAGCCCACCUACUGCCUCUGCCACCAGGUCUCCUACGGAGAAAUGAUUGGCUGCGACAAUCCUGACUGUCCCAUAGAGUGGUUCCACUUCACCUGCGUGGGCCUGACGAGUAAACCGAAAGGGAAGUGGUUCUGCCCCAAGUGCUCCACCGACAGGAAGAAGAAGUAGGAGGGCCAGACAUGGAGCGGAGGAGGCCCCUCACCGAUACAGAAGGGCCGCACGAGGGAGAUGAGCCCCAGCACGAGGCGGAACAUGGCGAAGGUGGUGGGCAUGAUGUGGAUGCCCAGGUAGUCGGCCAGCAGCACCGUGUUGAAGAUGCCGCCGGCCCCGACGGCCACCCCAAGCACCACGGUGACAGCGAAGGUCACCUUGUAGCUGGUGCACAGGGGCAGCGCCAGGAAGGCGGCGCUCCACACAACGUAGAUGAGCACCAUCAUGUGGUCCUUGCGCAGGAUGCCCCGGUCGGUGAGCACACCGCUGAACAGGCGCCCCGCCAGGUCGCCCGCCGAGAAGCUGGUGAGCAGCAGCGCCGCCGAGUGGCGCGACACGCCCCGGGUAAUGGCAAAGUCCACGAUGGUCACCGGGAACACGACAAAGGAGAAGGAGAAGGUGAUGCCCGUCAGGACGAUGGCGUAGAAGAUGGGGCGGCGCAAGAAGGCGAAGACGGCCAGCUGCUCCCGGAACCAGUGCUCGAGCUUCUCCUCGACGUUGCUCUCGACGCCGGGGCCCGGCGGCGGGUUGAGCUUGGCCUUCUCGACGCAGUCUUCGGUGACGAUGGUGCGCAGCUUUCUCUUGCGGUCAAUCUUGCGGACGCGGUUGAAGGGGGACUCGAGCAGCAUGGAGCCCGGGAUGGCGUGCAGGGAGAGGGCGCCCAGCAGCAGCAGGGUCGUCCGCAGGCCGAACAUGUGGAUGACAGUGAACAGCAUGGGCGGGAAGAAGAAGGAGCUCAGGGUGCCGCCCGCAAAGUAGAUGCCGUUGCCUGAUGCCCGGUGCCGCUUGAAGUACUGGUUGAUCACAAUCGUGUUGGAGAAGUACAUCAUCCCUUGCCCGAUGCCUGCAGGGAGGGGCGCCACGUUUACAGCUGCUCGUCGUGCCGUGUGUGCGUGUGUGUUGUGUGGGGGUGACCGUGCAGUUUUGGGACGGAACUGUGGAUGUUGCCACCGCCUGUGACUCGAACAUGUACAGUGAAUCUGCUGUGGGACGUCUUGAGAAUAAAGUGUCUCAACGUGCA